AUGAAAACAUUUGUGGCUAUCUGUGCUCUGGUGGCUCUGGCCGGCGUUGCCUCAGCUGGGGACAGCCGCGAGAAGCGCGGAGUACUCUCAGGUUAUAGUGGGCUGGGGUACAGCAGCUAUGGCGGAGGGAUCAGCAGCGGAGUUAGACUCGGUGGUUACAGUGGCAUUGGCUACUCAUCGCCAGUGAUCGCCUCCGCCCCCAUCGUGUCCGCCCCCAUCGUAUCUGCACCCAUAGUCUCCGCCCCCAGGGUGGUCGCCGUCAACAGGGUCGUCAGCGUUCCGAAGGUGAUCAGCGUACCCCAGGUCGUACAGGUCCGCAAAGUGGUGAAUGUACCACAGGUGGUGACCGUCAAGAAGGUGAUCCCUGGUGCCACCUACUCCGCCCCCGUGGUGUCCUCGUACGGCGGGUACGCCGGCGGCAUCGGCGGCAUCGGCGUCAGCUCUGGCAGCGGCUGGUGGUGA